AUGAGUGCGCAAGAGCUGCACUCGACACUGGCUUCAAUUAAGGAAGAUCUUGAAGCGGCAUUCUCUUCUUUUGGAGCAGGUGAAAUCAUUGCUUAUAACGGAAACACUGUUGAACUUGAAUCUCCGGAAUAUUAUUUAAAUUUAACAAAACAAUUUAUAGAACAAUACAAAACAUUCUCACUGAUACAACCAAUAGCAUAUUACUCCGAUAAAAUUACAAGAAAACUUGAAAAAUCAAAGGAAAUUUUUAAAAUAUAUGUCGAAUACAUACAAAAUUCACUAAAAUCAUAUUUAGAUGAAAUAUUAUUCCAAAACAAGGUUAUCUUGGAUAGAAUCAAUAACGAAAUUCAAUAUCAAAAGUAUAAAAAUUUAAUUCCUUCGUUAAUCGAAGAAAGAUCUAUAUUAUGCCAUGACCUUGAGAAUUCGAUUACAGAUAUUUCACUCAACCAGCCAAAUCAUAAUUACAAAAGUGUUUUAUACGCAAUAAAAUAUGAUUUGAUUAAACAACAGAGAAAAAUUCAAACAGACUUUUUAAAAUCAAUUAUUCACUUGUUACCAGUUACCCGCCGCAAUGAAAUUGUUACCAGAAUAACAACUCUAUUAAGAACAGAUUUAUCUGUCAAUUCUGCAUGUAUUCCUUCACCAAUCAAGAAUGCAAAGGAUAUAGAACCAGAAAUGGCAAGAUUAUCAAGUCUUAUGAAUGUUAAUUUUGAUCUUAGUGAAUAUGAUGGACAAAAAUUUAUUUAUGAAUGCGAUAUUAAGUUUUCAGAAUGUUUCACAAUACCUGGAAUCACUUUAUCCCAAAAUGCCGCUCAAUAUGAUAGAAUUGAACAUAAUCCAAUUUUUCAUACAAAUUUUGACAGAAUUAAUCGGACAAAAGUCAACCAUCAUCUUGAAAGAUACAUACAGCUACUUCUUGGCUGCAAAGAAUACGAAGCAAAUGAGUUUUUCUCAUUAAUGUUAUCUUGCCAUCCAUUAAUGAGCGAUUAUCCAAGAUCUCAUGCCAUUUGUGUCCUUUCUCUCAGAUUCUCAAGAUGCAGAACGAUGCUUAACGAAAUUUACGAAAAAUGCAAAAAAUUAUUUAUAGAAACAUUCAAUGAACGUUUUGCUCUUAUCAUUAAAGAAUUGUCUACAGCAACAACAUAUGGAAUGCAGAACUCUUUAUCUAAUUGUGACUACGAUUCCGUAUUUGAACGAUUAUUGGAGCUAACAUUGGAAUAUCUUAAUGCUAAAUGCCGUCUUCAAACUGUUAUCCAGAGGCUUCACGAAUUUUCAGGCUCCGAAACCUGUCUUUUGACUUUACAAAAAAUUAUUGAUGAAGAACCUGAUUUAACUGAAGGAGUUCAUUCGACAUUUAUCCAUAAUUAUAAACGGCAAAGUGAAAUAAUCGACUUAGAAGCCAAUCUGAUGGAGAUUUUAUUUGCAUUACACAUGCAUUCCUGCUCAAACGUUCCUUUAUGUAGCCAGGCAGGUUUGCCAGCAGAAGUUUUCCAAACAUCAAUGGCAAUAGCUGAUAUUUCGAACAUUUUCGAUGACAUGUUUUACGCAUCAAAAGAAAUUUGCGUAACAAUGUCGAUUCCAUCUCAUUUAUUAGUAUAUGCACACCUUGCUGUUAUACAAGAGAUAUAUUCUAUUGUUGUUUCCAAUCCUGUUUCUAAGCUUACGCCUUCUCUUGCCACAUUAUCAACUGUAUUAAAUGCCGAAGGUACGGCAUUGGACAUUUUUUCAUCAUCAUUUGUCAAUAGCUAUGAUUCAAUUGUUGAAUUCGUUGAGAGUUACGAUGAUAAUGAAAAAUUUGAAAUUUCAAUGAAAGUUUUUCAAAUUCGAAGGUAUUUGACAAAACUUAUUAGUCUUGUUAUUAAGCAGAUAGAGUUAACAAGAGUAAUUGAUAACCAACUUAACUCUUCUCCUCGAAAAACUCGUUUAAUUGAUGAAAUUAGUCUAAAAAUAACAAAAUCAAAAAUUGACUCGGAUAUCAAUGAACUGGAAGAUUUUGUUGAUAAGCAGCGUUUAUUCGUUAACAUGAUGAGUGAAAUUGCAAGAUAUAAUAUGUUUGAAUCAGAUGCACGUUAUUUCGGUAUACUUUUCAAGGCUGAUGAUGUUUUCCUUACUGAUGCAGAUACUGCAGAGAACAUUGUUCCUCUAAGUGACGUUAAAAGAGUCUUAUUUACCGAAAUUCCUGAUUCAAAUUACUUCAGAGAGCCAGUUGAUCCAUACCAGAACAUGGACAAAGAGAAUACAAUCGAAUUCAUCAAAAGAAUCUCGAUUCUUUCAGAAAUCUCAAUAUUAAAUUUGAUGGAAAGGUCAAUUUGCGAUUAUCUUACAACCACUGAUCCAUUCAUUGUUGAGAAAUCAGGUGGAAAGAAAAUUAUUGAGAAAGGAAUAAUUGAUUACAGAAUUAUUCCUAUGCCAUGCGAUGUUUUAUGCUUAGAAGAGUCAUAUGAUGAUCUUGUUCACCUCAGAAACUUUGUUUCCUCUAGAUUACAGAUGCUAUUCACUUCUGUUUUUAAUGGAACGAUAUUCCGAGGAAACAGGAAGACAAUGAACUCUCUGAUGAAUAAAUCAGCUUCACCUGAUAUGACAAUCUUCUCGUUCAUGACUAAGAUUUGCGUUGAAAACAAAGAAGUUUCAAAAAUUUCAGAUGUAAUUUUUGAAAUUGCCAGCUAUAACCAGCUUUCUUAUGCAGCAGGAAUUGUUUCUUUGCUUGAUGAAUGCAUUGAUUUGAAGAAUCACGUUGAUGAAAUUCCUUCAUUCAAAUCUGCACUCAAAUAUAUCGUCAAAGAAAAGUAUACUGGUAUGUACAAUAUUCCAGAAAAGUAUAUUCCAUGGUUUUUGAUGAAUUUAUGCAAUAAAAUCGAAGAUGAUUGCCGACCAUUAGUUUCAAACUCGGUUACAGUCAUAAGAGGAAAAGCAGAUGACUCAGUUUCGAAUCUUUCCUAUAUGGAGAUGCCAAAACUUAGUACAAAAUACCUCAAAGGCUACAUUACAGCGAUGUUCGCAAAAUUUUCUUUCUUUUUGCUACAAAACAAUUAUGAUUACCGUAAAAUAACACCUGUAAAAGGUGCUUUUGAGGUCAGUUUCAAAGAAUACGAGCGAUCCAGAGAAGAUUAUUCCAGAACUAUCGAAAGCGAAGCAACAAGAAGAUCCCAAGGCGACCAAUUAUCAUUUGUCACCAAAUUAUUGGAAGUUAUCAUCGAAAGAAUCACUCCACGCGUUGAGAACCAAAUUCUAUCUGAUAUCAGAAUGAAAUAUGACGAAUUAAAGAGUUUGGCAGCUGAACCAUUUGCUCAGCCUUUAUCUACAUUGAAGCCAGAUGUUUAUAUGAAGAGGCCAAGAGCAAAUUUAAGAGAAACACCUUAUAUUCCAAGUCCAGAAGAUGCAGAGAAACAAGAGAGCCAAGAAGAGAAAUUUGCCAUUGGCAAAUUCAUCAGAUCAGUCUGUGAAUGCAUUGACAGAGAGCCAAAAGACCAAAAUAACGUUUUCACAAUUGAUUUGAAUCGAUUAACAACAUCUUUAACGAGAUUAUCGAAUCCUAUCAAUGAAUUCUUCACGAUAUCUCAUAACAAAUUUGUCAAGACAUGGAAUUCUUAUAAUACCAACAUGUCAAGGAUCUUAGAACAGACGAAUGAAAACGAAAAACUUGCCAUGAUUUUAUCAAAAAUUGUUUCAAGGAGAUUGGACGAUGAAAUCAAAAUCACGACAAAAGAGAAUGUUAGCGAGAAACUGAACAAUCUCAAUUCCCUCAGGAACACUAUGAAGACAUUAACAAGCGAAUGGAAGAAAGAAGACAAAGAGAUAACGAAAAGAACUAAAGAUGAAUACGAAAUAUUAUAUACUGAUAUUUUGGCAGAAUUACAAACAAAUCGUGCAAAAUAUCAGCAAAAGAAAGAGUUCCAGUAUAAAACUAUACAGAACCUGAUAAAAGGAAACUCAUCUUUGGAUUUGUCUUCGAUCAAACCUUCCUCUGUUUUGCUAAGAUCCACUUUUACUCAUUUGUUUGAUACUGAUGGAACUCCAAAAGAAAUUCCUAAUUUAGAAAAAGUGACAGAAAAUUCAGAAGAUCAAAAUUUCAAGCCACAAAAGCCAAGUGGCAGAAGAUCCAAUCCAAGAAGAAUGUCUACACAUGCAUGUGUUGAUUCGGAUUCUAAAAUCGAAGAUAUGAAAAACGAUGUAGAAAAACUGAAAGAAAGGAUGAUAAAAAUGAGAAUUUCCAGAGCUUUUCUUGCGAUUGCCAUCAAAAGAAAAUACGACAGAUUAAUCAAAAAAGCUGAAGAAGACAGGAUACUAGAGAGUACAGUAUACUGGGGAUCAAGAAGAUCAGCAGAUCAAACACAACUACAAAUGGAAACUGAGUUGGCGGAAGGAUACAAAGAAUUAUCGAAUUAUUCCGAUAUAAUCGAUGAUCUCAAGCAACAACAUGAAGCAUUAACUAAAGAAAACAUCCAACUGUUCCAUUGGAAAUCAAUGACAAUGGCAAGACAGGAAAGAUGUCACCAGCAAAUGAAGGAAUUGAGUUCUGAAGGAACAGGAGUCGCUCUACAACCUUUGAUUGCAAAAAUUGCUGAGAAACAAGAUGAACUUGAUUUACUAAAAGCUGAAACUGAUUUCAUUGAAGAAGAAGCGGAACAAAAGAUUAGAGAGCCAAUGAGAGAAGUUGACAGAUUAAGGAAAGUUACUACAUUAAUGAAAACCCAAAAUACAAUGCUAAGAACUACAUUGAGAUCAACAAAUGUAGGUGAUUCACAACUGGAUGUUUUAAUCAAAGAAAAUGAAGAUCUAAAAGAAGAAAACCAAAGAUUGAGAGAAGCAAUACAAAGUUGUGGAUUCCAAGUUGAAGAAAAUAUUUCUAAACCAAAAUCUGCAAGAGUAGGAGUUCCUCAGCUCUCUUUAUCAUCUGGAAGAAAGAUUGUUAAACCAAGCCAAUCUAUUAAAAGUGCUAGACAAACAGGAAUUCUUCGUUUCAAAUAA